GGGAAGUCCAACCACUUCUGUACUGGAACCAAUGCAAGAAUAUGCAGCUCCAUAACAAAGCCCGUGUGGAGUCCUGAGAGGGGAAACGAGAGGCUGCGCGCUUACGAGCUGCUGACUUAACGCAGGUUUUAAAACAGAAAGAAAGGCAGAGAGGAAAGAGAGAGGAUCUAAGUUGGAGGCUUGUUUUUUUUUUGUUUGUUUUUUUUGCUUUUAUUUGCUCAACGGGAUAGUUUUUUUUGUUUUUUGUUUUUUUGCCAACACGUGUGUGUGAGUCUCCACGUAAUUGUGUUCUCUGAGCGAGCGAGCGCUUUUUUUUCGCAUCCUGGAGGAGGACUGACUGCGCAUCAUCACCAGAGUUGGUGCCGAAGUUCGGCCGCGAACGGAUGUGAGGGAAGAGUACCGAGCACAGACACACACACUCUCUCUCUCUCUCUCACACACACACACACACACACACACACUCCCCCACUUUCUUCUGCUCCGUGUGCGUGCGUGCUUUCGUGCGCGCGCGAGCGAGCUUGUGUGUGUGUGUGUCCUGCUCCGGCGUUGUGUUUGCUGAGACAAUAGUGAGUCAAAAAGACGCCGAAAGUGAUUUCAUGCCUUCAGUCUCGCACAACCUGAGAUGGACGUGAGAUUUUAUCCUGCGCCCCCGGCAAAUGUGGGUUCAUGCUCCCUACCGACUGAUCCAAGUUGUCUGAGCUCGUUGGACUAUUACCACUCGAACAAGGCCCGGUACAGUGUGGGUGAACGAGGGGUUAGGCUCCACACUGCCCCCACCCCAGGCAUCAAUCCAGCUAGGAAAAGACUGCCCACUGCUGUGUUUGAUGGUGACAACAUGUACAUGAAUGACAAUAACCAAGAGUUUCGGUCUCCAAACCAGAGCUACUCCAGUCAGGGCAGAGGCAGCAGCGGAGGAGGAGCAGGGGAUGAAGACUACGAGAUCCCCCCCAUCACACCCCCCAACCAUGCCGACCCUUCUCUGCUGCACCUCAUGGAGCACGAGUCGGGUUACCCCUUCCACUCUCUGCCUCACAACGGCCUGCUCAACACCUACUCCUACCCCGAGCUGCCCGCCCUCAUGAUGUCCAACAUGCUGGGUCAGGACACCCACCUCCUCUCGGGGCCUAUGCACUCGAUAAACAGCGAGAAGCGGGCCUCGGCGGAAAUGAUGAAGCCCAAACCCAAACCUCAAAAGAAGAAGAAGAAGAAGGACCCCAACGAGCCGCAGAAACCCGUGUCAGCCUACGCGCUGUUCUUCAGAGACACCCAGGCGGCCAUCAAGGGCCAGAACCCCAACGCCACCUUCGGGGACGUCUCCAAGAUUGUGGCCUCCAUGUGGGACAGCCUAGGAGAGGAACAGAAGCAGGCGUACAAGAGGAAAACCGAGGCGGCUAAGAAGGAGUACCUGAAAGCUUUGGCCGCGUACCGAGCCAGUCUGGUUUCCAAGACUUACAAUGACCCUGAACCAAAAAGUGCCCAGCAGAACAGCCAGCCCUCCCACAUGCUGCCCCCGAAGCAGCCCCUGUACAGUGUGCCCCCCCAGCCCUCCUCACCCUACCUGGGCCCGCCGGGCUCCUUCCCCCUGUCGGACCUCCAGAGCUAUGCCGGGCCGCCCCGCCACACCCUGGCCCAGACCCUCAGCCAAUCCCAGAUGCUGCCGCCCAGCAUGAGUGCCUCUCCCCCAGCUCCCUUCCAGAUCAGCCCACCUCUGCACCCCCACGCCCAGCUCUCCCUGCAUCAGAGCUCCCUGCUCAACCAGCCAAUCCGCAUGCAGCAGUCGCAGCCAAUCAUCUCGCACCAAAUGGGGCUCCAGGCGCCUCUGCAUUCCCCUCCUCUCAGCCAACAGGGAUUCUCCCAUAUCCAGGCUGAUUACCAGAACAGUGUCGGGGGCUCGCAGUCUCCAGGGGCCCCGAACCCAGUGCACGGCCAGAACCCUGACUGGGACAGCGAGUACUGCAACAGGGACUGUGGACCCAACCACUGCGGCAGUGGCAUGGGAGCUCGGGACAAGCCUCUCUACCUCACUUGAAGUUGAAAGACCUCCAAAUGUCAGACUCCAGGGAGCUUUCCAACAUAACGUCAUCGAUGUAUCAGCUUCUACACCAUUUUUUUUCUUAUUUUUCUUUUUUUUUUUUGUGACGGAUUUCGAAAAUCCCAAAGACUGCUACAGUAACUUCACCUAUUUGCCAAGCACUUAAAUCGGCCCGAAGCCUGAGGCACUUCUCUUGCUUUUUCUUUUUCUUUUUCUUUUUUCUUAUCAGUGAACUUUCCCUGUUUUUUGCGGGGGCAUUGAGCUUUAAGCUCAUGCCAACAUACUGGAAAUGAAGACCAAAAAAAAAAAGAAAAGAAAAAUGUCUUCUCAUUUUGUUUUGAAUUUUUUAAAGAUGCUCUCUCCCCUCUCCACUCCAUUACUCUGUGUUUGCCAUGGACCGCCCUCAUCGGGGAGAUGAAAUGCUCUAAGCAUACUCAAAGCGAUGGGGUCUUGGGUAGAAAAGCUAAUGCAGGAAACUAGAUUAUAGUCACCUCAGCAGGGGUGAAUGUACUCCAUGACCGACUGAGUGAAAGCAAAGCAGAACAUUUUAACGAAGAUAGUCACGAACACAUAAGACAUUUGUAAAUCAUCCUUGCCCAUAUUAAAGGACUCCCUCGUUUCCUUUCUUUCUCACAGAGUGAUUGUAAAUAUCACCAAAAUGGAUCCCUCUUAUGUGUGUAUUUAGCUGCAGUCCCUUGCUUUCCUUUUUUUUUUUCUUUUUAAAAACAUUCUUUUCGUUUGGUUAUGUGAUUUUCGUGCAGGCGGAUCCAGUGAGGGAAUACACACACUAAAAGUUGUGUUGAAACUGUGUUCACUGGUCUUGUCUCUCUCCGAAAUGAGAGAGAGAGAGAAAAGACUGAAAAAGCGCUCCAGUUCCUCCUUAACCGGCGGAGCUCUGAUAGAGAGUGUCGCUCUCGUCACACGGCCUCAGGACGUUACAGAACUGUAGAGGUCAAAGGUCGAUACCUCUCCUUUUAGCUCCUCCCCCUCCUCUUGGUCAGUAAGGACCGCCCCCUUCUCCCCCCUACACCUGUAACCCCGCCCACCUCCCCUUUAGUCCCGACACCACUUGUACAGGUGAAUAAAAAAAAAGUUGCUAAAUGUGAAAUGUUACUAAAGAAAAAAAAAA